UCACGUGUUGCGCGGCCCCGGUCUCCGUCAUCCGUCACGUGCCCAGGGUGCGGCCUCGGGCUCUCAGUUGUUUGUCGCGGCGGUCGGAGCGAUGGCGGCGGUGUGUGGAGACACGGAGCGCCUGGAGGCUGAGUUGACGUGCGCCGUUUGCCUGGACCUGUUCCGGGAGCCGGUGACGGCGCCAUGCGGUCACAAUUUCUGCCGCAGCUGCCUUGCGCAGUUCUGGGCCGAGGAUCGGCAUCACUUUCUCGGCUUCACCUGCCCGCAGUGCCGCCGUCACUUCUCCGAGAGGCCCGAGCUGCAGCCCAACCGUGUCCUGUGCGCCGUGGUCGAGGAGUUCGAGCGGAACCGGGCGCAGGCCGAGCCCAAGUUCCCGGUCCCUGAGGCCAAGCCCCCGGCUGCUGUGGCCUGCGAUGCGUGUCCUCCCGGAGCUGGGGCCUCGGCGGUCCGCAGCUGCCUGACCUGCCUGGCCUCCUUCUGCGCUGAGCACCUGGAGCCGCACCGACAGAGCGCGGCCUUCCGCACCCACAACCUGCAGCCCCCGCUGGCUGACCUGGCCGAGCGCCUCUGCCCCAGCCAUGGCAACCUGCUCGAAUUCUACUGCCGCCCCCACAGUAGCUGCCUCUGCGCUGCCUGCCUCCUGGAUCACCGCGGCUGUGACGCCCAGAAAAUGGAGGAGGCCCGAAGGCAGCAGGAGACUGAGUCAUCAACAACUGCUGAUAACAAGCCCUACAUCCCCGGGACCAUUCUUGUAAACCCCCUUCUGGAGCCCCUCCAACACCAGCACGUCCUCCCUCAGAUACGGGGACCAAAACUGCUCUCAAUAUUCCAACUACACAGGGAGAGAGCAUGGAG